UCGCUAAUUGGACAGUAAAAUGAAAGCUAUUACUCUUUGCCUUUUGGUGCUGGUUUCGGCCACUUGUCUGCUAACUACUCAAGCCAAUUCAAUUGAAUUGCGUGAAGAAAACAGUGACAAUGAAUUCGAUUUUGAAUUGGAGCUCGAACAGCUGCUGGACGAAUUGGAUAAUGACAACGAUUACAUGGAUUUUGACGAGCAGGGCUUUAUUCGAACUUGCAGAAAAAUCCUUCGCAAAGCUUUGAAGACAGUCCGUGGCACCAAUUGCAUUAUCAAGGAGGUGGUAAACAUUCUGAGUUCCUGCACCAACUUUGUGGAUGCCAUCGAUGCCUGCGGCACUGAAAUUCCCAAGGAUGUGGCCAAGAUUGUGGAAUCUGUUAAGCAGAUUAUACAAAUCUGCAAUGAUAUUAUCCACCUGCAGUCAAAACUGUGCGCUAAGGACAAGUCCGCUGGCUCGGUCAUCAAAAACUCAUUCAAAUGCUUUUGGAAUUUGUUCAAGGCUUCCAUGAAACUGACCAGGAAAAUCAACAGGACCCUGAAACUGAUCGCCAAAUUGCCAGCAGAUACAAGCUCUUGCUUUGUGAAUGCCACCAAUAAGGUCACUUUCUCUUUUAAGUCCUUUUUGCCCAAUAUCAACGUCUGCAUUGAGUCUAUGUAAAUUCAUAAUGUAACAGGAGUAUUAAAACUAUGAAUUCAAAUUA